AUGGCUAAAAUUGAAAAAGAAUAUUCACUGGGUUCUCCUCUAAAGCAUAAUGAAACGUGUAAAUCCCAUGGAUUACCUAUUGAUAUGAUAUGUGAGGAAUGUGAUGAAUUUAUUUGUGCCAAGUGUGCUAAAACAGAUCAUAGAGAUCAUGAAUGGAAAACUCUGACCACAGCAGCCACCCAAAGGAGGAGAAGUCUACUUUCAUUUCUGAAGAAGAUCGAGGAAAAGGAUCUGCCUGGGAUUGCAGAGAAGAUGGAGAAGGUGUCUAAACAAAACAUAGAAAAUAAAAACCUAUGUGACUCCGAGAUUAAAAAGCUACAGCAGCAUUGUGAAGAGAUAAUGACCAGGCUGACAGAAAUCAGAAAAUGUCAUGAACAAACAAUAAGAGACAAUUUAAUUAAAAAGAAUGAUCAACUGAAGGAUCUGAUAACUAAGUUAGAGAGGAAGCAAAAAGGAAUUGUUGACACAGUGGAAUUCAUGGAGGUGAACAGCAGCACCAUGUCAGAUUACAGCUUGAUUGACAACCACAGAGAACUGAGGAAAAUGAUGUCUGAAUUUGAGGUCCAUACCACAAACUGUAAACUAUCAGUCAGGUUCACAAGAGGUGUGAUUAAUGACGAAUUUCUUAAUUCUGUGGUUGGAAAAGCUUGGGAUUUAGAUGAUAUUCGUGUGACUUUGAAAAACUCAUUUCAAUAUGGUGAUAAGGCAAUAUAUGCUUUGGAGACGUUCAGUGAAGAUCUAUGCUACAUAAAUGGAUAUGAAUCUGAGUAUAUAGAAAAAGUAAACAUGGAAGACAUAAAAGAGCAUAGAUUUAGUAUUUUCACAAAUGACAUGUGUGUGACUGAUAACUGUGAUGUUUAUUUUACUGACUUAAGUAAUAAGUCCAUCAGUUGUCUGUCACCAUCAGGAUCUGUGUCUACUGUCAUUAAUGCAGAUCCACUGUUCCCAAUAGGAAUCUGUCAGUCUGUGGAUGGUGGACUUCUGGUAUACUUGGCAGACAAAGAAUCAAAUCCUGACAAAUUAGAGUCACACAGCAGACGUCUGGUGAGACACAUCACAGUGACAGGUGAAGUCAUCCAUGAGUAUGAGUACCAGGAGGACAGUCAGACCAGACUGUUUACAUUCCCUGAUAGAAUCAAACAGAACAGUAACAGAGAUAUCUGUGUUGUGAACGAUACAAGUGAUAAAACAGGUGAACUGGUGAUUAUGUCUCCCUCUGGUCAUAUAAAGUUUGUCAACCUCGGACAGAACCUGACAGAGGACUUUAAUCUAAAUGAUGUAGUGUGUGACUCCCUCUGUAACAUUCUUGUUACUGACAUUGACAACAAACAGAUCCAUCUGCUGAGUCCUGACGGGGAGUUCCUAAAGUUUUUACUAACAGACAAAGAAGUGUACCAUCCAUACAGAUUAUCACUCUACAAGUCUACGCUGUGGGUGGGAUACUAUGAGGGACUUGUCAAAGUGUUUCAGUACACAAUGUAG